ACCCAGGCAGGAAGCGGGUGUUAAUCACGUUAAUCCAUGACAGCUGUCCCGGAUUAAACUGUGACGGACGUUUCCGGACCUGAUAAUCGAGCUGGGAGUAGAAGUGGGAUUUAUGGAUUGAGUCAUGAGAAAGUUUGGGGUUGAUAUUGGAGGGGCGGUCAGCAAUUGGAGGUCUAUGGAGUCUGAUGGGAAGUCUGUGGGAUGAGUGUUGGGUACAUGUAGAGGUCAGUAAUAAGGAGAGCUGUCUGAUCUGUGGGUCAGGGAUGGCAGGUCUGUGCGCUGUUGGAGUAUCCAUAUGACCAGUGAUUUGUGAACCUAUAUGGCUAGUCUUGUGUUGGGGGUUUGUUGGAAGUGCGCUUUGGGAUUUGUGAUUUCUGCCCCUGCUGGUUCAGUGAUUUGUAGGAGUCAUUAAUUAAGCCAGUGGCUGAUAAAGGUCCGUCCUGGUUUUGUGAGAAAACUUUACGAUUUAUGUAAAGUCCGAGGUGGCCCCCACCUUGAAGCCCCUCCUCAGAUGUUUUCUCAAAUCACCAUCUCCCUCCAUCGCUCAAAAGCUCACAGAAGAAAACAUCCUUUGAAUGUAAGACCAAACAAAUCUAAAGAAAUAACAUUAUUAUUGUCGAUUCUCUCUAGCCAAAGACCUCCAGGAGCACCCUGUAGUUGAACACAUUGGGUUUAUUGCUCUAGCAUCUAGUUACACCAUGGGGAAAGUGGGGGCUUCUCAGAAAGAGCGUGUUAGAAAGAACUUACAGGUUUUGUGUUAGGUGAUUUCGAGGAGGGCCUAAGGGAGUGGACCUUGCUCUGAAUUGGAUGUUGUAAGGAAGUGGGGUAAUUCAUUGUUUGGGAAUUUCAGUACAUCUGGAGAGAGGAAAGACUAACCUGAAGUUAAAGCUGUAAUAGGUGAGGAAGUAGCAGUCACUCAUGUUAACCAGGAGAGAGGGUGUUUUGUGGAUUGGACAAUGUGGAUGUUUUGUCUGUGUUCACACAUGACUUCAGAGAGGGCUUGUUUUUGUUUUAUUCCAUCUUGGUCACUGAGUGGCCUUGUCUGAUGUUGAUACUCUGUGUAAUUAUAUUAAAUAGGAGAGUUUGAGUGCCAGACCAGCUCUGAAAUGUGAGAGCUGCUUUUUCUUUUUCUUACAUGAGGUGUGAUUUCAGCCCUGUUUCUUCCUAUUUAUUGAAUUUGUUCUACAUUCUGUUCAGCAAACAUUUAUUAAACACCUGUUAUUUACUUGUUUCAGAGCUCAGUGUCCAGAGAGGAGUCUGACUAUUUAAUUGUUUCCUUCUAGGUUCAUUUUGACAAAGCCUGGGAUAACCCCAUAUGAAACAGUCUACCUAUCAUGGGAGCACUCACUUCCUGUGAAUGCGUACAGCCUUCUCUGGAUGAUCCAUCCUGGGACUGAGAAGAAUUCACCAGAUGGUAAAUGGCCCCUGGAGACUUAGUCUGUCUCUCAGUCCUGAUUCUUCAGACCUCUGCUCUUUUGGAAGAGAAGCAGAAAAUGACCAAGUCUCACGCACUACAUAGAACUGGGCACAUAGUUUUGCAUGCUGUGGUAAAAAUGGGAAUGAUCACUUCAGAUUGAACAGGAGCAUGCUAUUAUAGGGUCCAUUGUCAUUUGAGGAUGUGGCUGUAGCUUUCACUAAGGAGGAGUGGCAGCAACUGGACCCUGCUCAGAGGACCCUGUAUAGAGAUGUGAUGCUGGAGAACUUCAGCCACGUGAUCUCAUUGGGGCAUCCAGUUUCCAAACCAGAUGUCAUCUCCAAGUUGGAACAAGGAGAAGAGCCAUGGAUAAUAAAGAGAGAUGUAUCAGAUUGGAACUAUCCAGAGAAGGAGACUAGACUUGACAACCCUCAAUUGGAUAUACCUGGAGAUGUUUCCUUCCAUAAGGAGGUAUUGGAAAGUGUAACAAGGGAUCCUUCACUAUACUCCAUUUUUAAGGUCUGGCAGGGUGAUGACCAGAUGGAGAGACAUCAGGAAAAUAAAGACAGACUUCUCAGGCAAUUCAUGGUCAUCAAAAACAAAACAGUUGUUGAAGAAUCAGGUGAUACAUAUAAGUCAUCAGGAAAAAUAUUUCAUGACUGCAUGGACCUAGAUGCUUCAGGACAAAGAUUGUAUAAAUGUGACUCAUUUGAAAAGAGCUUGAUACCUAAUAUAAACUUAUUCAGUUGUAAUAGGGGUUAUGCAAGAAAAAACACUGUUGAGAAUUUUAGAUGUAGGAGUACACCUAUUUCUUCCUAUUCUAAGCAUGAAAAAAUUCAUAAUGGAGUGAAACACUGUGAAGAUAGUCAAUGUGGAAAGAUUAUCAGCAAUAAACAGUCUCUUUUUCAAUAUGUGAAUGUUGAAACUGGAGAGAAGACCUGUAUAUGCAUUGAAUGUGGAAAAUCUUUUCUAAAAGAGUCACAACUCAUUAUACAUCAAAGAAUUCAUACUGGAGAGAAACCGUAUGAUUGUGGUGCAUGUGGGAAAGCCUUCAGUGAAAAGUCACAUCUCAUUGUACAUCAGAGAACUCAUACUGGGGAAAAACCUUAUGAGUGUUCUGAAUGUGGAAAAGCUUUCUCUCAGAAAUCAUCCCUUGUUAUACAUCAGAGAGUUCAUUCUGGGGAAAAACCAUAUGAAUGUAGUGACUGUGGGAAAGCCUUCUCCCAGAAAUCACCUCUCAUUAUACAUCAGAGAAUACAUACUGGUGAAAAACCUUAUGAAUGUAAUCAGUGUGGGAAGGCGUUCUCCCAGAAGUCACAGCUGAUUAUACAUCAUAGAGCUCAUACUGGAGAGAAACCAUAUGAAUGUACUGAAUGUGGGAAAGCCUUCUGUGAGAAGUCCCACCUCAUUAUACAUAAAAGAAUUCACACUGGGGAGAAACCCUAUAGAUGCACUCAGUGUGAGGAAGCCUUCAGCAGAAAGUCAGAACUCAUUAUACAUCAGAUAAUUCAUACUGGGGAGAAACCUUAUGAAUGUACUGAAUGUGGGAAGACCUUCUCCCGGAAGUCACAGCUCAUCAUACAUCAGAGAACACAUACUGGAGAAAAACCAUAUAAAUGCAGUGAAUGUGGAAAAGCUUUCUGUCAGCAGUCACAUCUCAUUGGACAUCAGAGAAUUCACACAGGAGAAAAACCUUAUGUGUGCAGUGAAUGUGGGAAAGCCUUUUCUCAGAAGUCUCACCUCCCAGGGCAUCAGCGAAUUCAUACAGGAGAAAAACCUUACAUAUGUGCUGAAUGUGGAAAGGCAUUUUCCCAGAAGUCAGACCUUGUUGUACAUCGGAGAAUUCAUACAGGGGAGAAACCCUAUCAGUGUGCUAUGUGUGGGAAAGCCUUCAUCCAGAAGUCACAACUCACUGUACAUCAAAGAAUUCAUACAGUGGCAAAAUCGUAAGAAUGGACUAAGCACAGGAAAGUCUUCAGUAUCUGCUUAAGCCUUAAUAAAUACCACAAACUUACAGAUUUCAUGAGUUUGGGGGCAUCUUUACUGGUAAAAUUUAAGAAAUGAAAUAAAGUUUCUAAUAUGUUUAUUUUUUUAUCAAAGAUAAUACAAACAUCUCAGUUAUAUAAAUAAUGGGUAUUUUCACUAUGGCACGUAAAUAAGACUUUUGAGAUUGUGAACUGAAUUAAUUACAAGUUAUAUAAUCUAUUUUGAAGUUACAUAUUUGUGAUUAUGUUACAUAAUAAGAAUUGGACCAGUAGUAAUAUUAUUAAUGUUAGCUUAGCAUAAUUAUGGCUGUGAAAUAAAUCCCCAUAGAGCACAUGAAGAAAACUUGAGUCAAAAGAUGCCACAACCUAGAAACUGUGCUUGAGGGAAGGAUUUGAUUGUUCCUGUAAAGGUACAUGUAAAAAAAUAUGUAUAUUCUUGUAGAUAGAUGGAAAGAUGGAUUGAUAAGGUCCAAUAA